CUGCACUCGUAUAAUAAUGAUCGUAGUUGUGUCUAUUUCAGUUUGAAUAAUGAAUCAGUGAGUUCUAUUUUCGCUGCAACCAUGGUGGUUCCUUCAACCAAGUCAGCGUCUGCCUUUAGUAUUUACCAGGAGAAGCUGAAGAAUGCCUCUCAGCCGUCGCAGGAUCCCACCACCGCACCAGCGACUCCAACGGCGUCUAAAAAGUCUCUGAAGAGAAGUAGAAGUAGUGAAGGUAAUAUUGAUAGGUCUUGUGCUCCAGAGCAGAGCUCGAAAGGGAACAAUGAGCUGUCAAAUUCAUUGGCUCUGGCCUUGCUCAAAGCAGAUCUCCAAGUAGGAAAGAGGAAGCGUAAGAAGUCACUGAGAACCCAGCUGUUCAGGCGCACUCGUUCCUCAAAGCAACUGGAUGUGCUGGCAACUCCACUCAGAGAGGCACCAGCCAGCAAGCUGAAACGUCGCUCUUUGUCGAUUGCAAACCGUGCUGUUCAGGCUGCGUCUCAUGAGAUUGCUAAGCCGAAGAAGCAGGCAAUAUCACGCUCAGAGAAGAAGCAAAACGGAGCAGCAACAGCAGCGGCGGCAUCUAGCAACUGCAAGGGAUUUCUGGCAGCUCACCACACUUCUCCAGACAGUAGAGAUCGUGCAACGCACAUGUUCAACUGGCUGAUUCAACCUGUGAAGGUUUCUAAUUUCUUCAAAACCAUCUGGGAAGAAAAACCGCUCUUGCUUCGCCGCCGUGAACAAUACUAUUAUAAUGGAUUAUUCAGCACAGCUGAGUUGGACAACAUCUUGAGAACGCGAGAUCUCGAGUUUGGCGUCAAUCUGGAUGUCACCACAUAUCAAGAUGGCAAGCGCGAGACUCACAACCCGCACGGAAUUGCUUAUGCACCUGUUGUCUGGGAUUUCUAUCAGAGUGGCUGUUCCGUUCGACUGCUCAACCCGCAGACAUUCUCCGAUCCUGUCUGGAGACUGUGCUCAACACUGCAGGAGUACUUUGGAUGCUUUGUGGGGGCCAAUAUCUACUUGACUCCACCCGGCUCACAAGGCUUUGCCCCGCACUACGAUGACAUUGAGGCGUUUGUACUGCAACUGGAAGGCAAGAAACACUGGAGGCUCUACAAACCAAGGUCGCAAGAGGAGACGUUACCCAGGUUUUCCAGCCCGAAUUUCUCUCAGGAUGAGAUCGGUGAGCCUAUUCUGGAUGUCACGCUGUCACCCGGUGAUAUGCUCUACUUUCCAAGGGGAACCAUUCACCAGGCUGACACGCCCGGCGAUAGCCACUCCUUGCACAUGACUGUGUCUACUUGUCAGAAGAACACAUGGGGUGAUCUGCUACAAAAGGUGCUCCCACAAAUGCUGGAGUCGGCUAUCGAGCAUGAUGUUGACUUUAGAAAGUCACUGCCAGUAAAUUACAUUCACCAUCUGGGAACUACCCAUUCUGAAUCGACCACAUCCAAGCGAGCAUCCAUGAUCCAGCAGAUGGGUAACCUGGUGGACAAACUGAAGGAUCACCUCAUGGCAGAUGAGGGUGCAGAUGAGAUGGCUGCAGACUUCCUCCAUGCAGCACUACCGCCUUACCUUGACACAGAGGACAAGAAUUGUACAGCAGUGGAGUCAGGUGGCCGGUGGGAAAGUGGAUGUGUGAUGGAUCAUGAGCAAGUCGAUCUCAACACGGAAAUUCGUCUUGUGAGCCACAUCGCACUAAGGUUAACACCCGGUGAUGACUGUCUUGUUGUUUGCACGACUGUGCACAACUCUCGCGUGUACAAGCAGAAAGAUCCGCAGACUCUGGAGCUAGAUCUUGAGUAUGCUGAGGCUCUUGAGUACUUGCAAGAUCAAUAUCCAGAAUUUGUUACUGUCGAGAAUCUACCAGCUGAAACCGACGAUGCAAAGCUGGAGCUUGCCGCUGUGUUGUAUCGCAGUGGACUCGUGAUGACAGAGAGGCCUCUCGGUGGUACGGCAGACUACGUCUGAUGAAGAGGACAUUCGGAUUCUUCUAUUCUUUUUUUUUUCUAGAGUUGCUGCACAACAUCAAGUUAUACUGCUGCCUGCCUGCGUCUGUACAAGAUCUUGUUUUUAAGCUUUGCCUGUGUUUUAUCUUUUCUCACUCCUCUCGCAGCUCGGGUAGAGUUUCAUCAUGCCCAGUUACAAUGGUUGCCAUACCUAGUUAUCUUCUUUUUUUAUUGAGACCUGAUACAUAUUCAGCUGCCCAUGGUACUCCCUCUCCAUAAAGUUAUGCUUGAUGCACAAGCGCGCGCACGCAUGAAACCAUGCGAAUCUUGAUAUGAAGUUUCUGCAGACAUCUACUCCUCUUUACUUUCCGGGCUGCCAUCUCGCAUCUGCCAACACUUGAUUCCUGAGCUUAGCUUUUGCUUUGUACGUGCUGCACUUCAAUGACAAUCAUCCUUCUGCAUCCUUCUGCAUCCUUCUGCAUCCUUGCACGUGCUGGACUUCUGUUGCUUUUUAGCGUUGCCAUGUCUUGAUGAUACGCAGGGAGUUCUGUGUUCACUGAAUUGCUGCCGCUAUUCCAUGCUGCUUUUGUUACGAGUUCUACUGUUCAAGUAUCCGAAUAAAGGUCCUGAUUUCCUGA